UUGUCUUUCUAAAAUGGCGUGGCUCCCUGUAAUACUCGUACCGUUUCUGCUUCUUCCUCUACUCGUUACAAUUAUUGUAGUUGUAGAAGCUCAACCCAAAGAAACUAAGCUGAUAUACUUGGGCUCUUCGCUCUCGCCCAACACUCAGUCCACUCCUUGGCUCUCACAUUCAGGCCAUUUUGCGCUUGGAUUCCACCCCCAACGCAAUGGUUUUGUGGUUGCAGUUUGGUUGGUUGGAAGACCGGAAAAUACAGUAGUGUGGACAGCCAACCGAGAUGACCCACCAGUCUCCCCAAAUGCUUCUUUGCAGUUAACAACGAAUGCUGGGCUGCUUCUUCUAACUGGACAAGGCGAAGAGAGACGCAUUUCUAAUGUGUCGGACUCUGUUUCCUUUGCAGCCAUGCUCGACUCCGGUAAUUUUGUGCUCUUUAGUGCCAACUUCACUGUCCUUUGGGAAAGUUUCAGGUUUCCGACCAACACCUUAUUGGGAGGACAAUAUUUUCCAAUGGGGAGUCAAUUGUUGUCUAGUGUUUCAGACACAGAUUACUCGACUGGAAGGUUUCGUCUUGGGAUGCAGAAAGACGGGAACCUUGUUCUUGGACCUAAGGACGACGACAAUCCUUACUGGGCUUCCGGAACCAACGGAGUACAAGGUUCCAACGUACAAUUAUAUCUUAAUAGUACUGGCUAUCUAUCUAUCGGCAACAACAGCGGUUAUGAGGCAUGGAGAGUCGGAAACGGCUCGUCCUCUGUCACCAAUGGAACGGCCAUUUUCCGAGCAAAACUUGACAAUGAUGGCAUUUUCCGGUUGUAUUCCCACAGCUUGGACGGAAACAAUGUAUUUACCUCGGUGUCUACUGUCUGGGAGGCACUGAGCAAGGACAAAAAAUGUCAAGUGAAAGGUCUGUGCGGCUUCAACAGCUACUGCAAGAUGGUAGGCAUGGAACCUGUUUGCAAAUGUCUUCCUGGGUUUGAUUUCAUUUACCCCACUCAGAUGUUUGAAGGCUGCCAAAGGAACUUCACUCAAGGAUGUUGCAGAGGCAGGGAGAGGAAAAUAACUGCGUUCUACGAAAUUAUAACCAUGGAUAAUCUAUUGUGGGGAGAAGACAACCCUUAUUUCUAUGCAUCUUUGACAAAAGAAGAUUGCAGCAAGUCUUGUUUAGAAGACUGUUAUUGUGGUGCUGCUCUAUUUAAGGAUGGAAACUGCCAAAAACAAGAAGUUCCACUUAGAUUUGUCAGACGAGAACAGCUUAAUGAGUCAACCACAGCAUUCAUUAAGGUUAGAACCACCCCUAUUGCAAACCUUGAAACUGGCAACAACGGUGCAACAGUCCUGAUUGUUGUUGCAAUCCUAAUUUUCUUGACUUGCUCUUUUGUUUCCCUUGCAAUAGCUGCAUUCUUUAUAUAUAGACAGCGUGCUCUGGGGUAUAGAUUAAUGGCAGAAAUGGGGAAAUUAUGGCCGAACGAGGAAUUAACCUUACGGUUGUUUUCUUACGAUGAGCUCCAGAAAGCAACCGAUGGGUUCAAGGAGGAGUUGGGAAGGGGAUCAUUUGGUGCUGUGUACAAGGGGAGUAUUCACAAAGGUAAGAAAAUUAUCGCUGUAAAGAGAUUGGAGAAAAUGAUGGAAGAAGGAGAACGGGAGUUUCGGGCUGAGAUGAGAGCAAUUGGAAGAACCCAUCAUCGAAAUUUGGUUCGAUUGCUUGGCUACUGCGCCGAAGACUCAAACAGGCUUCUGGUUUAUGAGUACAUGAGUAAUGGAUCACUGGCAGAUCUUCUAUUCCAGGCUAAACAGCAUCCUUACUGGAAUGAAAAAGUGGGAAUUGCAUUGGAUAUAGCUAAAGGGAUCCACUAUUUGCAUGAAGAGUGCGAGGCCCCUAUAAUCCAUUGCGAUAUAAAGCCUCAAAACAUACUGAUGGAUGAUUUUUGGACUGCUAAGAUAUCUGAUUUUGGGUUGGCCAAAUUGUUGAUGCCAGACCAGACCAGAACCUUCACUCAGGUGAGAGGGACCAGAGGGUACUUGGCACCGGAAUGGCAGAGGAACACACCCAUAACAGUGAAGACUGAUGUGUAUAGCUUCGGGAUCAUGUUAUUGGAGAUUGUUUGUUGCCGAAAAUGUAUGGAGUUUGGUGCAUCCUCACCGGAACAGAUUAUUCUUUCCAACUGGGUUUAUAACUGCUUUGUGGAGAGACAGUUGGAUAAACUUGUUCCUGAUGAAGAAGUUGACAUGAAGAUGUUAGAGAGGAUGGUUAAGGUGGGGUUAUGGUGUAUACAAGAUGAACCUGUUCUGCGUCCUUCAAUGAAGAACGUAAUACUCAUGCUGGAAAGCAUCAUUGAAGAUAUAUCUGUUCCUCCGGCCCCAAGUCCGUCCUUUGUGUUACCUGAUACUCCCACCUGAUAUUUCCGGCAUCAUGGAUAUUACCAGCUUCUAUGUAGACGUCUAGGUGUUUCUUUUUUGUCAUUUUUGGAUAGUACCAUGUAAACUUAUUUCUGAAGAAGUAUGGGUAGUUCAUCUUUUGGUAA